CGGCUUGCCUAUCGUGUAGUGUGCAAUUAUAUAGAAAUAAAUCGCAUUAAUUAAUUGCGCCGUCUUUUAAUCAUUAAGACACAACAAUUUGGCGACGACCGUGACGAAUUCACGCUACAAAUAAGAAUUUACGCUAUUUCGAGGUUUCUCAUCAACAAUUUUAGUGUUAAAGUGCAUAGCCGGCACGCUUCAGUGUGAAGUACGCGCAGAUUGCAGGCGAAUUCCUAAACUCGCCAUUUUGACGUUUAGGCCCGUCCGAUUCUAACUUCAUUGUUUUGUUCGUAAAUAUAUGCUUCAUGCGUACGUCGUCGGAGAGCAAUUCUUCAGAGCCUGAAUCCGAGUUUUUUGAUAGUGAAAACGGAGAAAAUUGGAAAUUUCAGAAAAGAUCAUGGAUUUACAAGUUGAAUAAGUCUGAAUUACAGAGGAAAUUAAAAGAGUUUGGCAUUGAAUUCGAUUCAAACACUAAAGUUGAUGAAUUACGCAAGCUAUUGAGCAAAUAUUGCAAGAAUCCCCGAAAUCAAUCAUCCAACAUGGCAAAUUACCAACUCCAACCUUUUGACGGAGUGAAUUGGGAGUGUUUCGAACAACAACUAGAAUGUAUAAUUACGUUAAACGAAGUAUCGGAAGUAAAAAAAGUGCCGCUACUUUUAACCAAACUAACUCCUAAAGUGCUGGAAGUCCUCAAUUGUUUGUGUACCCCUACAAAACCUAUAACACUAUCAUAUGCUGUUUUGUGCAAAAAACUAAGAGAAAAGUAUACGCAAUUACAAUCAACGGCUUUGGACCGGGCCACGUUCCGCAGUAGAAAUCAACUGCCAGCAGAGACCAUUGAAGACUAUGUUUUACAAUUACAGAAAUUAGGAGCAAAAUGUAACUUCAAAGACUUAGAAGACCAAAUCAAAGAAAAAUUAAUAGAUGGUGUCCAUUCAAAACUCGUAAAGUUCGAGCUAUUAAAAAGCAGUUUCAAUUUAACUUUGGAACAAACCAUUAUGUUGGCUAGAACUGUAGAAGCAGCAUUAGUUCAAACUAGCGAUAUUAAGAAAGAGGACACAGUGUCAGAGAUGUUUUUCUAUGAUCAGAGAAGGAAAACAGAAGAGAGAAAACCGGUUUUGGCCAAAAAUACCAAUAAUUGUUAUAAAGAAUCAAAAUCUAAAUUGGAUCGUAAGAACCAAAUAUGUUAUUGUUGUGGUGCUAAUAAUCAUAUAAAAUCUCAGUGCAGAUUACAAAGAAAGUUCUGCUCAGAAUGUGGUCGACAAGGGCAUAUCUUCAAAAUGUGCUCAAAGAACAAGAGAAUUAGCAGCAGGAUAUAUACUAUGGAAAAAAGUGAGACUUCGGUCGAUACGGAAGAAGAUGUAGAACCAUCCGAAUUCCCAUUGUAUAACAAAUACGAGACAUAUGCAGUUAAUGUAAGUAGAAUACCACCACAUUACAUUACAUUGAAUAUUGAAGGUAUACUUCUUGAUUUCCAACUAGACACAGGCUCAGAUGUCACCGUAAUUCCUUUAAAAGAUAAAAUAAAGUAUUUUAAUAGUAAAUAUGUAACCCAAUGUAACAUAAAAUUUAAAAACUUUGAUCAAACAAUUUCCUGGCCAGUAGGAAUAUUAGAGAAUGUAACAGUUCAAUAUGAACAAAAAGUAAAAAUAUUACAUGUUUACAUUGGCAAUGAUAAUAUGCCACGCAUUCUAGGCCGUGACUGGUUAAGUAAAUUUGGAUUGUGGCCUCCAAAGUUUCUCAAUACAAAUAUUAUUGAAGUAGCCAGUAAUGACAAACCUAUUUCAGAUGCGGAAAACUAUGUAAAAGAAAAGUUCACAGAAGUAUUUAGUCCGGGCUGGGGCAACUUCAAAGGUGAAACAAUUAAAUUAAAAUUAAAACCGGAUGCUAAACCAAAAUGUCAUCCAGUGCGCCGUGUGCCAUUGGCACUCAAAGAUAAGGUACAACUUGAAUUUAAUGUUGGUGAAAAGGUAAUGGUUAAGGACUAUCGAAAAGGUCACAAGCCAUGGAUUCAAGGAAUUAUAAUAAAGGAAUCAAUUCCAAAUACAACCUAUGUUAUAGAUGUAAAUGGGUAUCAAUGGAAAAGACAUACUAACCAAAUGUUGAAAUGUAAUGCUUGUCUGGACGAAUAGAGACAUAAUUAAGUAUUAGUUACUUAAUAUUUAAAGAUUUGUUAGUUAAGACUAAUUCAACUAUAAGGUUCCGAUUUUAACUCGUAGGACUUCUGUAAAGAUGUAUGCUGUGCAUGAUGCCAAGAGUUAAGAGACAGGGCCUUCCCUUUUGGAAAUCGUAGAUUAUUGUUUUUCAUAGGUUAAGGGGAAGAGAGUCUAUAGUUAGUAUUAAGUUUUGUUCAUUCUGUAAUGUUAAGGGUCUAUCUAUAGUUAGUAUUAAGUUUUGUUUAUUCUGUAAUGUUAAGGGGGGAAGAGUUGUAGUGUAUCCGAAUGUGUGGUGCAUUGGUCUGCACCGCUCACACAUACUCUCUCUCUCUCGCGCCCGGCUUG